AUCAGGCGUCGCUGGAUUGGUUGAGAAAACACGUGAUUGGAGUAAUUGAAUUCAAGAAAAAAGGUUCAAAAGAUAUUGAAACUAUUUAUAACCAACAAUUGAAACCGGCCAUGAAAGAAUCGGAAAACACUUUUUGUUUAGGUAUUCUUUAUGACAGUGAGAGAUUAUAUUUAUUUCAGAAAAGAAACGGAAAUUAUUUAAGACUUAACGAGCCUUAUAAUCUUAAAGGUGAGAAAAGCACAACCAAAGAGUUGUGCCUCCACUUAACCGAUGCUUAUUAUAAAAUUCCCUCUUUCAAACAUUUACUAGCAAAAAUCACAAGAGUGGUUAUUGACAAAACAAAGAGAACCAUUGAUGAUUUAGAUAUUAUUACUGGUGUUCAUAGCAAACAACUUAGCGAUGGUGUAUCGCAAAUUUUGAGGGUUAUGGACAAA